UAAAUGAUCAGCAUUUAUUUGAAAACUCUAUAAAUAGUGAAGGCACUGAUGUUGAUAUCUUCAAGGAUGAAUUUAAUGAAGAAUUUUUGCAAAUAAAUGUUGAGGCAGCAAAUAUAGAAGUGGAAAAUGAACUAGCAAUAGAACAAUUCUUUAAUAUUAGAAUACUUAAACAAAAUCGAAAAGAUAUGAUUGAAGAGGAUUCAGUUGUUAAUCCUCAAAGACCUACCAGCAGUACUAACAAAGAUUG